CGCUGAAGUGGCCCUCAACUUUGCCAGAUAUAGUGUAGAGGCAGACAGGACCGUUAAAUAGGUGUCAAGUCGUUGGCACCAUGGCCCCAUACAAUCCAAGGAUAGAGGCCUGUCACAGGCGGAAGGCUUAUCAGCGGCAGUGGCAGGUGGAGCUCUUCAAAACAUGUUACAGGCGCCCCGGAUACUUCUGCUUCAGCAUGUGGUGUGCCAACUGCGCCAGCUACAGUCUCCGGAAGCAGGCACUGCAUGGCGACAUGUCCAGGUACAUAUGCUGCAACGGCAUUUGCCCCUGCUCGGGUCGCAUGGGCGAGAAGGACUGCCCGGAGUUCUGCCUGUGUCUGGAGUCCUUCUUCUGCUUCGCGCAGAGUGUUGCAACAACACGCUGGAUGGUCCAAGAUGAGAUGCAGGUGGAGACCACGGAGUGCGACAACUGCAUUAUCGGCACCAUGAUCUUCUUCCAGUACCUGUCCUGCAUCUGCCACAUCCUGGCCUGCUUCGUGUCGGAGCUGCAUGACGUGGCGCAGUUCGUGGACUGCCUGGCGGAUUUCACAUGGUGCACCGUGUGCGCCUGCAUGCAGACGCAGGCCAAGGCGGAACUGGACUACCGGGACGCCAACCCGGGUGCGGUGCCGCCGCCGCUGCCGGGGGUCGUCAUGCAGCCGCCGGGUGUGCAGAUGAUCCCCAUGGGCGCCCAGCCGCCCCCACCCCCGCCCGGCGCCUACCCGCAGCAGCCCUACGCCCAACAGCAGCCCUACGCCGGCUACCCCACCACCUACCCGCCCCAGCCGGGAGCCUACCCGCCUCCCCCGCCGCCUCAGGGCUACGGCGGCUACCCGCAGCCCAUGCCGUACUACCAGCCCGGUCCGCCCCCUUCCGCGCCGGGCAUGCAGAGGUAGGAGCAGGACCACACACCCACGAAGCCAUCAGCCUAGGGGCUCUGCCGGGGCUGGAGCUGGAGCAGGCCAGGAGGGCAAGCGGUAGCUGCAUCUGAGCAGGAGUUUGUUAAGAAACGGGUUGAGAGCCGUUGGUGUAGCGUUGUAUGGCUUGUAAUGAGCGGAGAUACCCGACCUCCGUUGUGAGUUUUGACGAGUCGCCAUCGUCGUUGUCCUCAUCAUGUUGCUGCUGGCUUUGCUGCGAGGGAACAGGGAAGUGAUCCUGACCGUUUUGAUCCUUUCUAUUUAAGCGCCGGUUCCACUGAUGCCGGAAGCGAGGGCGGUCCUCUUCCAUGGAAGCGGAGCCGCCAACUGAUUGCAAUUGAGACCCGCAUAGCUGGCAUUGAACCAUGGGGGUGUACGAUGCCGGUAGUACAAGGUGUUGUCACAGGGGGUGUGGUGAUGUAUGCUCCCAUAACGGGUGCGUGUGUGCAUAUAGUAGUGCCUAUAUAAGAAGCAUCAUUCCUCAUACGGUAGCUAGCAUGUUGUAACUUUGUAAGUUCCCUUUCAAGGGCACUCGUGACGUCUUG